AUGUCACUAACAAAUUUACCUCCUGAGAAGGUGGGAAUUAUGAAACUUUCCAUCGAACUCCGAAAUAUCAUCUGGAGCGAGGCUCUAUCCAUCAAGCAGUCUCGAUACAUACAGUCAUCUAAAAAAUCAAUACUUCAAUCUCUACGAUUAACCUGUCGCACAAUUUACAAUGAUCUCGACUCAGUAUUUCCAAAAGAAUAUUUGCAAAACCAAACUUUCACUUUCCAAACUCUGGAAUCCUUUCUCAAAUGCGCCCCUCUAUAUACUCGCGCAGGACAGAUCCUCCUUCGAUCAGUUCAUAUUCAAUUCUACGAGACACCGGAUUCCCACCGCUACAAAGGUUCUCCUCAAGUUCUGUACACGAGACAAAAUUUCUUACUCGAUGAGAUUCUUGCACCAAAAUAUCAUGGUAUAAAUGAAUGGAUCUUCGAUGUCUCCAACCUCUUUAACUCUCACCAAAGUUUCUCAUACCGUCACAUCACAUAUUUUCUCCGCUACUGUCCCGCGGAAAAUUUCACCUUAAUCUUCAAUACCUGCGAUGGUUCAUUCAUGAACUGCGCACAACCCCGCAAAGGAUUCAAACUCGUAGCUACCGACGAAUGCACACUCAGUGACUUUGAAAGCAGGGCCGAGGGCUUGGCGCUGAAAGCGCAGCGCUGGAAUGAGGAUGGUGAGGCGAGUGAGAAAAUCAAUCGUGACUCAACGGUCCUCAUCAUGCAUCGUCCGACUCAGCUUCCCCGCGACCCGAAUCCAGAUACCCCGUAUUGGAAGUACCACAAGCUGGAUGAUCCGAGAGAUCCGUGGUUGGAGAUUAAGAAACAUGCGCGGAAUGGGAUCUCGCAUGCCACGAAGUGGAAGUUGGAGACGUGGAAGAGGAGGAGGGAGAGGAGGGCGGAUGCGAAGGAUAAGAGGAGUGCGGAGUUGGUGAGGGGGGGGAGGGAAAAGAAGUAA